UGCAGGCAACCGAGGGGAGGGACGCGAAUGUGAGCAGCCGAAACCGCUAGAUCCAACCCAUCCCAAGCGCCGCCGCCGUCGCCGGACAUUCCCCACUGGCGGCGCCCCGGAGCCCAGAGCUCCCCUCCGGCCAUGCAGCGCGCAGCCCCGGGCAGCGGGCAGGCGCGGGACACAGCCGAGCUCCGGGCAGGCGGCCGCGCGCCUCGGCCAUUGCUUCCUUCGAGGGAGGUGUGACGGGCGGGAAGAGCCCCCGGGCAGGAUCCGGGGCUCGGCAGACGCCCUCCCGGUUCAUGUCAGCGCGUCGCCGCCUGCGCUUCUGAAGCUGCGCCUUCCUCGGAGCCGGGCGCCCCCUCGAGGGAUCGUCGCGCGGCGCUCCGGGCCCCGACGGCUGUUGGGUUCCUCCCGGGCUGGGGACUCGACGCAGCCCGGCUAAGGAUGGGCUGAUGGGCUUGGGACGGUGCCGCUGCCGGGAGCCGUCGAGGAUGCUCUGGCCGGCUACGCUGCUCCUGCUGGCGGCGCUGUGGUGCUCCGGGGGAGCGCGCAGUUGCCCCGUCCAGCUGCGCGGCUGCAAGUGCGUGGGCGAGAGGGCCAAGGGGCUGGCGGCGGCCAGGAAGAGGGUGAGCUGCAGCGGCGAGGAGCUGGCCGAGCCGCCGGUGCCCCGGCUCUUGCCCAACAGCACCGUCACCCUGAUUUUGAGCAACAACAAGAUAGCAACUCUGAAGAAUGGCUCUUUUUUCGGACUUCGUGCACUCGAGAAGCUAGACCUAAAGAACAACUUGAUUAGCAUCAUCCAGCCUGGAGCUUUUCUAGGCCUCUCGGACCUGAAGCGUUUGGACCUCUCCAACAACCGCAUUGGGUGUCUCAGCUCUGGCAUCUUCCAGGGAUUGGUCAGCCUCAUCCGCUUGAAUAUGUCAGGGAAUAUUUUCUCCAGCAUCCAGAGUGGGGUCUUUGAUGAGCUGCUGUCUCUGAAAGUUCUUGACUUUGCCACCGAAUACCUGACGUGCGACUGCAACAUGCGCUGGGUCCCUGCCUGGUCCAAAAACCGCUCCAUCCAGAUCUCCGAUAAGACGCUGUGUAUCUACCCUGGCAGCCUGCAUGGGAAGCUGCUACGCAACAUCCGGGAAAGCCAGAUGCGCUGCGAAGGGACCCCAGAGCUGCACACCCACCUGCUGAUCCCCUCCUUGCGGCAAGUGGUCUUCCAAGGCGACCGCCUCCCUUUCCAGUGCACAGCCACCUACCUGGACAACAGCACACACAUUUUGUGGUACCACAACCGUGCCUUGGUGCAGGGGGAUGAACGAAACGGGAUAAUCCUGGAGGAGAGCCUCGUCCAUGACUGCACCUUCAUCACGAGCGAGCUUAUCCUGUCCAACAUCCAUGUCUCAGCCAGCGGCGAAUGGGAGUGCACCAUCUCCACUGCUCAGGGCAACGUUAGCAAGAAGGUCGAAAUAGUUGUGCUGGAAACGUCGGCCUCAUACUGCCCAGCCGAGCGCGUCACCAACAACCGUGGAGACUUCAGGUGGCCACGCACCUUGGCUGGCAUCACCGCCUACCAGUCAUGUCUUCAGUACCCCUUCGCCUCUGGGAACGGGGGCCCCGGCUUGGAGAAGCAAGCGUGGAGGCGCUGUGACCGCACAGGCCGCUGGGAGGAAGGGGACUAUUCCCACUGCUUGUACACCAAUGAUAUCACCCGUGUCCUCUACACCUUUGUGCUGAUGCCCAUCAAUGCCUCCAACGCCCUUACCCUGGCACACCAGCUGCGUGUCUACACAGCCGAGGCGGCAAAUUUCUCAGACAUGAUGGAUGUCAUCUACGUUUCCCAGAUGAUUGAGAAGUUCACUGGUUACGUUGACCAGAUUAAGCAGCUCACGGACGUCAUUGUGGAGAUGGCCAGCAACAUGAUGCUAGUGGAUGACCACGUUCUGUGGAUGGCUCAGAUCGAGGACAAGGCUUGCACCAGCAUCGUCCGCUCUCUAGAGAAGAUUGCCGCCUACACUCUCAGCACCAGCUCUCAGUACAUAGCCGUGAACACGAGGAAUAUCGCUUUCGAGGCCUACCUGAUCAAGCCAGACAGCUAUGUGGGCCUGAGCUGCACAGCCUUUCAGAAGCGCGAGGUGGUGCUCAGCAGUCGGCCGCACCGGCAGGAGCGAUAUGCCGAGUCUCUGGCAGACCAGCAGCUGAAGUUCCGGUGUGCCACGGGGCGGCCAAACAUCUCCCUGGCCAGCUUUCACAUCAAGAACAGCAUUGCUCUGGCCUCCAUUCAGUUGCCUCCUGGUCUCUUCUGCCCGUCGGCUCCUCCCUACCCCUCAGCUCACAAGUACAAGCUCCAGUUCCUGGCGUUCCGCAACGGCAAGCUCUUCUGCAGCACUGGGAACUCCUCGCACCUGGCAGAUGAUGGCAAGAGGCGCAGCGUGGCUACUCCAGUGAUCUAUGCAGGAACACAUGGCUGUGGAGCGAGCAACUUCAGUGAGCCUGUCGUCAUCUCGCUGCGGCAUUUGGGCGAGGGCACAGACCGCAUGGCCGCUUCCUGGGACUUUGACGUGUUGGCUGGGUACGGGGGCUGGAGAGCUGAAGGCUGCCAGCUGAUUGGCCUGGAGCCCAACGUCACCGCCGUCAGCUGCCGGAACCUUGGCAACGUCGCUGUACUGAUGGAGCUGAACAACUUUCCACGUGAGUCCCCGAGCCCAGCUGAGGUGCUGCACCCUGUCAUUUACAGCUGCACUGCCCUCCUCCUCCUGUGCCUCUUUGCCACCAUCAUCACGUACAUCAUCAACCACAGCACCAUUCACAUCUCGCGGAAGUGUUGGCAUAUGCUGCUCAAUCUCUGCUUUCACAUUGCCAUGACGUCGGCCGUUUUCGCAGGUGGCGUCACCCUUACCAACUACGUGGUCAUCUGCCAAGCGGUUGGCAUCAUUCUGCACUACUCUGCCUUGUCAACUCUUCUGUGGAUGGCGGUGAUGGUGAGAGUGAUCUACAAGGAGGCCACGUGGAAGGCCCCACAGCAGCAGGAAGGGGAAGCCCCCCAGCCGGCCCCCCGCCCAAUGCUACGAUUCUACCUGAUAGCUGGUGGGAUCCCCCUCAUCAUCUGUGGGAUUACAGCAGCAGUCAAUAUCCAUAAUUACGGGGAUCAUGACUCCUAUUGCUGGCUGGCUUGUCAGCCAAGCAUUGGGGCCUUCUACGUGCCUGCGGCCUUCGUCCUGCUUGUCACUUGGAUUUACUUCCUGUGUGCCGGAAUCCGAUUGCAGUGCCAAUCCAAGAACCCCAAAGAGGCGCCCAAACCCCUGGAAAUGCGGCAGCGGCUGGGUGGCAGCAGCAACCUCUUGACGGAUUCGGGGUCCAUCUCGGUCACGCUGAAUUCUGCCCCGCACAGUGCCGACGUCGAUGGCGUUUACUCUUUAGGGGUGCAGUUCUGGGCUCUUGUCAUCACCCAUUUCCUGUACAUAACUCUCUGGACAUUCGGGGCCAUGGCGGUGUCCCAGCGCUGGUUCCUCCUGAAGGUCGCCUUCAGCUGCCUCUACGGAGUCACGGCUGUGGCGUUGGGGCUCUUCAUCUUUGCCCACCACUGUGCACGUCGCCGAGACGUGCAGGGCUCGUGGUUCGCCUGCUGCCCAUCUUACAGGAAUGCUUUGCCCAUGCAAGCCUACGUGCACCCCGGGGUGGGAGUGGAGGACGGCUCCCAAGUCUUCAUUGGCUGCAGCCCCGAGGCGGCUCAGUCCAUCAAGUCCUCCUCUUCCCCCAGCAGCAGCAAUUCCGCCCCGGGGCCUUGCAAACUCAACAACCUGCAAGUGGCCCUCGGCCAGGCGGAUGGCAGCCCUUCGCAGACGGCCUGCUAUGAGGACGCCGAGCCUUGCAACAGCAAGAGCACCCCGCCGGCCAGGUACGCCAACAACCUGCACGGCCGCAGCAGACACCACAAAAGCAGGACUAAGCAGUACCGGGAAGGGAAACACCAGCAGCGCCUGAAGGCUCUGCGGGGGCCUUCCUCGGAGCACCCUACCAGCGAGAGCGGCAGCCUCCCCACCAGCCACUCGGAGAGCUACCAAAGCAGUCGGAACAGCCCUUUGAACAAUCGGCGCCAGGGGGUGGUACCAAGCCUGGAGUUGGCCCUGACGCAGUCCGACUUGAGCGACGCCAGCGGCGGCCACCACGGGGCAGACUUCAGCCAAGGCCAGCGGAGGAGCACCAGCAGAGACAACCUCAAGCACCAGGCCAAUGCCGCAGCAGAAAAAGAGACUAAGAGGCGCUCCUUCCCACUCAACACGGCUAAUCAGAACGGGGCCCUGAAGGGCAGCGAGUACGACAUAAACCUCACCGGUGCUGACAGCGCAGCUGGCAUGAAAACGGGUCUCUGGAAGAGCGAGACGACUGUGUAGGGAAGGGUUAAAUGGCCAGGGGGCUGGAGCAGGUUUCCCCAGCCUGGGGCAGGAAUUAGCAAGGCACUAGCAUCUUGCUGCCAGAGCUUGCUGAUGCAAGCUGCAGAGGCUGAUGGGGUGCGCUAUGUGGGGCUUGGGCAGUGUCUGGUUGGCCAUGUUCCCAGACUCCCUGCCCUGCAGUAGAGAUGAAAGGUCACCUGACAUCUGAGUUGCAGGGGUGCAGGGUGGGGAGAGGGUACGUGCGUCAUACCAUAGGAACCACACCAUGCUCUCCAUCACCGAUAUCCUGUGCACCAUGUGACUCGGCUUCUCUUUGUUCCUGGGGAUCUUUCCCUGUCCCCACAGAACGAGCAGCGGUGGCCUAAUUUGUACGGUGAAAGACAAUCAUUUGUGCUGGAGCAUUGCAAUCUAUAUUAUAUCCCUUCUGCAUGUCACUUAGAUCCUAGGUGCUUUUUUAUUUUAUUUUAUUUUUUGGUAUGACAUACCAAGGAAAGCAGUGUUAAUAAGCUGAAAUCUCUAGCGUUGUAUGUACAUAUGUAUAGGCAAAACUGCUAUCCAAUUGAAGUGCCUACACACUUUCUGUUAAAGCCAUCAAUGUUGUGUGAAAGAGCUCUCGCCUUCUCCACUUCCCCCUCCUCCAAUGUACCUCAAGGUCAGUUCUCAUGGGUACGCUGUGGCUCAUCGUUGAUGCAGCCAACAAACCAAAUUGAUUAAGGGGUUGUUUUGACACAGCUCCAAAGCUGGAGACAGCUGGUCAUUUUUAACAGAAUUGAUGGUUGUGGUCAUGGGGCUCACCAAGGAGGUGGCU